GUCGCUAUUGUCGUCACGUGUUCGCGCCUUGUGCAGGAUGCAGUUUAUGCAUAUUUGCCUUUGUACUUGACAGAAAGACUGGGCUUUGGAAAGGUAAAGUAAUUCAAAAAUUCAUUGUUGAACCUCCUCUUGUCUUUGUGGGAACGUUUUCCAGGCCUUUACGGUCCUGUAUUUCCUUGGUUUAUCUUGAUGUGACUGGACCGGAAACGAAUUUGUCGCGUAUUAAAAUGAUGGGCUCCUUGCUGAAGAUAAUUUACUUUAAGAAGAAAAAAACCAAGACUGUUAUCAGGCAGCAAGCUGACCACAAUUGUAACCAUACAAACUGAGGCUUAUAGUUCACUCACUAAUUGCUACUUGAUGAUAUCAUUUUUUCAAUUAUAUUUUAAUGAGACUUUUUUAGCCGGGCAGGGAUCCUGAGAUCCUUGCCUGGCUAUGGCAAUUUUCGUAAAGCAUGUCGAUGACGUAUCUAGGACGAACCACUUGACUUGCAAACAAAUGACCGUGUGAUAAAAUUAUUUUUACAGCUGAUAACAUUAUUUUCAAAUUAUAUUUCUUUUAUUUAGUCAGCCUUUUUUCUGUCUUUAUUCUUUUUGCAGUAAUCCAUUGUUUAUCUCCCUAUAAUUUUAAAUUGUAUUUUAAUCAGCUUUUUCUGCAUUUGCUCUUUAUUUCCAGCAAUCCAUUGCCUACUUUCUCCUUGUCCUUCUUGUCAGUGCAGCUGUUGGAAGCACUAUUUCAGACAAACUUAACACCAAACUGGGAAGCAAGGUAAAGCAGAAAAAUAAGUGAUCAAUCGGCUUUAUCCUUUGUUAAACUUUUCUUCUCGAACUAUAAAAUUAAAUUUCCUUUAUUACCUUUAAUAAUACUUUUACAGAUCAGUUGAUGUCCAGCAUUCAAAAACGAAGAAAUAAUUUAAAUUAAGUUGGAAAAGGUCACAAAAAAUCCCGUAUCGUUUAAUGACGGAGGAACUCAGAAAAAAAGAGAAAACUUUACUAAGUAAUUACACCGUUUUAAGGUCAAUCCAAAAAUGCAGCAUGAUUGCCUUAAAUUUAUCCUUCAUUAUUUUUCAUUGUUUUUCCUUUAUAGUGGACGUAUCUAAUUGCAUCCCUCUCAGUGAUUGGUCCAUCAGUUUACUGUUAUUUCCAAACCCCGGAUCUAAAAGAAGCCACAUAUGCGUCCGUUAUUUUGAUAGGCUGCGGCAUGUCUAUCAUGUACGUCAUAGCUUUAACUUUAUGUACAGAAGUCAUCGGAGAUGAUAAGGUAUGACUUCCCAUACAAGCUUUACAAGAAAAUCUACUGAAUAUGAUUUGCGUUGUAAAAGGUUUGAACCCAGGAGUCAUUAAUUUCAUAAGUAAGUUGAACAUGAUCGUCCGGAUGACCGUAGUCCUGAAAGGAAUGUUUUUGACAGUGACUGUUUCGACAACCCGUGCAGUAAUCACAGCAGCCAUCUUGACAAUUGCACAGAUGACUAGCGCACAGGUUGUCGAAACGUCAGUCACUGUCAACAAAAGUCCUGUUCAGGAAUACAUCAGAGUUCAUCCAGACAAUCAUGCUCAACCUGCUUAUGAUAUGUUAUGUGUUUAGUUAAUGGCCAUUUUUGCUUGAGAUCAAACUGACAACGCUUUUUAUCUGCAUCAUAUUUUAUCAAAGAAAUUUGUUGGGAAUCCAACUUUUACUUCAGCGUUUAAGAGAAGAGAUAAGUCAUGAUAUACAAGGAAACGAAAAAUUAAAAACUGAGUACUUUAAAAAUCACGAUAUUUGAAAAGCUGCAGAAUAUGAAAACGUUCUACAACAUUAAAACUUACGGUAAAAUGAAAAAAAAAAUAAAUAAACGAAAAAAAAAAGAAUUUUCACAUAUUCCUAGAAUUCACGAAGCAUUGUUAUUUUACUAUUGAUUACUUUAUAUUUCAUUUGCAGGAAACCAGUGGAUCGGUAUUCGCCAUUGUCGUUUUUAUAGGAAGACUGUCUAGCGGGGCAUUGUUCAUCACUAUCCAAGAAUUUUAUCCAGAAGACGGGUAUGAUAAAUAUUGAUCAAUUAAUAUACAAGGCCUUUGUUUAUUAGCACAGUCAGCCUCUAUGGAUAGAGCUAUUUCAACCCUUCGCCCCGCUGGUUAAUAUUCACGAAAGCCAGAAGAAAAUUUAUACUACAAGUAUGCAUCAGGAGCCGUUUCGCGCGCUCGAAUGCGGUCGGUCUACGUAGAGAACUGUACGUAACUUUUUGAAGUUACCUUCAAAACCUGCUUUCAAAAAAGGCGCGUUUUGAAUUUGCUGGGCCUAGAGAGACCCACUGGUAACGCUUUCACCAUAAAAUACGCUAAAUGGUUUUGGGAAAACUUUGUUACAUAGGAGAAUUAAAAAGCAACUGAGUGAUAUUAGAUUUAUAUUGUUAUACUUAAAGUUUCGCUUGGUGGCCCUUCCAUUAAUGAUGAACUUUAUGUCAAGGAAUAAUAGUCAAAGUGGUAACAAAACAAGGAGAUUGUCCGUGCAAGACUACAGUUGAACCUCUUUACAACGGCUACCUUUGCCGUUGUAAAGAGGCGCCGUCGUAGAGAGGUUUUAAACAAGAGUCAAUGUAUGGCUUUUUUGCUCCCCGGGAGAAAAUAAGGGGGUCGAUAGGGAAGGUUCGACGGUAUCAUAAAUCAUGCCGUAAGAAAUUAACCAGUCCUAAAUCAGUAUUGUCAUGUGUUUAUCUUGUGAGGAAAAACGGCCCAUUUUUUCAUGUGUUAAUUUUUUAAAAAUUUAUUUCUUAAUGCUUGCAGCUCUGUCUCCAGUGCGAGUGAUUACGUGCGUCAUGUAUUUUCCAUCGUUCCUGCUAUACUCGCUCUCGCUGGUUCGCUAAUGGUUUUGGUUUUACAGUCCUCGUCAUUAUGUUGUUCCAAAGAAGGUUGGUAUAUUUUGAAACCAUUCUUAUUCUUACAAAAAAAUACUAGACCGAACACUUUAACGUUUAAAUGGCUUGAGUGAUUUGUAACUGAUGUGGCCCUUGUCGACUCCCCAUAUGAAACAGUGAAAUAGUCUGGAGUGUCAACACCGCCCCUCCUCCCCCCCCUCCCCCCGCCGCUCCUCAAUGGGCUGCCCGUUUGGGGGCAUGGGUGUGGAGUGAAAGUGACGGGGAUGCUUAUAGUCUCGAUUGCAGAUUUACUAGACACUAUACCGGAUAACUUUCGCGCUGCCACGAAAAUCAUACGGACCGGAUAAAGUUUCUGUUCACACGUAAGAACAGUGGUUUCGAUCAGCGCCAUUUCUGUGACGGAUCGAAAAGAUGCACCACGCCGAUCUUGAAAGCCGAAGCGUCACUUAUCGGAUAGGUUUUGUGCCACACUUUGGUGAAUAAGCAGGAGCAAGGACUGAAAUGUGCCGCAUCGGACCGUUGUUGCUCAUACUACAGCGGAUAAAUUUUCAUGUCAGCACGUGAUCCGGUAGGGUGUGAGCUUAGCCCUAGGUCUCAAGCGGACACUGGGUCUCAUGUAGGGUCUUAGGGUCUCACGGCUCUCUGGAUCUCUGGUCUCUGGUCUCAAGUAGGGCACUCAGGAUGGAAAGCCAAUAUCUUUACCGUCACACACAAGUAUAGCUUAGGGUAGAAAAGAAACCAACUACUGUCAUAUUGGGGACUUAAAGUCCAACGACGCGGAAGGCAACGACAACGUCAAAAAAAACAAUAGGCUUUAAAAGCAAAACAAAAGCUUUGCACGUGCGUCACCCUUUUUUGUCAUUUCUUUGCCCGUUUUUGCUCGACUACGACAUGAAAGUGCCCAAUUUCGAGGAGGACGUAGGCAAGCAACGACGAAAUUUUAUUUCUCUUUCUGUACUUGGAUAUGGUCCCAAGAAUUUCAACACCAGGAGGGUUCGCCUACAUUUGACAAAGUAAGUGGGUAGGAAUAAUUGCGAUUACGACUGAAAGAACGCAGAUUCACUUUUUAAGCGACGUUCUCUCAUUGCCGUCCCGUCGUUGGACCUUAAAGUCCGUAUUGUCUUCUACACAGGGUCAAACAAAGCCUGAGCCACGCGUUUCUUAGCAAAGGCCGAGCUGCAUUGUUGGUGUUUUAGUUCAUCUGCACGCUUUUGCUGAAAGCUAAUCAACUAAUACUAUGCUGGCCUUUCUCCUAGGGUUUUCAGCGAAUCAAGAUACCGCGGAUGAAGUUUCUGAAGCAAGUACUACUUCAUUUGACGUAGUUGUAGUCCCCUGA